UUUAAUCAGAAACUCAGCAGAAGGCAGUUUUGUGUUCUGAUCUCUCUUGAAUCCUUGGAGCUGCAGCAACUUUUCAGUUCUUGCCCCUAGUUUCUGAUCYRUCAAACACCAGGAUGAGCGACRACRUSUUCAAAGCCAGGAUGCAGGCCAGGUUAGAGAAGGCCAAAGCAAUGACUGAAGAGGAGAAGCUGUACAGAUUUAACGGGGUGCUGUACCCCACUCUCAUGUGUCCUGAGGAGAAUUUCAAGUGCCUGGAUAACAUCAAGGCCAGAGAGGAUGACAUCAUGCUGGCAGCUUAUCCCAAAUGUGGUUUUAACUGGAUGAUUGGUGUGCUGCAGAAGAUCGUGAAAGAGGGCACAGGGGAUACAAGUAAAAGCAAGAUGGAAAUAGCAAUGAUAGAGUUUUUUGGACCAGAACUGUUAAAGAUGCUGGUGGUCUUCAGGAACCCAAAAGACACUUUGGUUUCGUAUUUUCAUUUCUAUAACAAUAACCCGGUCCUGCCAUCAGUGUCCUGGGACUCUUUCUUCACUGACUUCAUGAGUGGAAAUGUUGCCUGGGGGUCAUACUUUGAUCACGCCUUGGCCUGGGACAAGAGGAUGGACGACCCACAAGUCCUGGUCGUCACGUACGAAGAACUGAAACAGGACCUGACCUCAGGGGUCCGUCAGAUCUCCACCUUCUUCGGCUUCAGCCUGACGGACGCUCAGAUCCAGCAGAUCACAGGAGCGAGCUCGUUUAACGCCAUGAAAGAGAGCUCAGUUAAUUCCCACGGCAACAUGGGGCAAGUAAUCUUCAGGAAAGGUGAAGUGGGAGACUGGAAGAACCAUUUUACUCCUGAACAGAGCCAAGAGAUGGACGAAGCCUUCAACAAACACCUGGCAGGAACAAAGCUGGGAGACAAACUGAACUACAAGUACUACUGUCAAUAAGAAACAAGACGAGAGGAAGAGGAGCUAAAAGAGAGGAAGAUCAGAGCGCUGGUCACACUGAGAGGUGUCCUGAUGUUUAAACUUCAUUUAGACUGAACAGAGUCCAAACUCUCUGAAGCUCAGGACUAAGGAUAAUCAUUUAAAACACUAGCUUUGUUUACAUGGACAUAAGUAAUCAGAUUAAACGGCCAUUCAGAAUAAAAAUGCG